AUGGGGGGAAAAAGCUCUCUUUCAAAAAACCCAGCCACCGUUCCAGACAAACAUAAUUCCUUCUCACAAACACAGAAAACAACCUGAUCUUCCAAACAAGCCAUCUUACCCCCAGCCUCAGCUACCAUCCAUCACCUUAAACACUCAGACUUCAACAAACUACCGUGGUUUUCACCUACAAUGUUACUUUGAAAACUUCCCAAGUUGGUUAUUAAGUUGUUUGUUUCUCAGAAAACAAAUCAAGCAGGAAAGCAUUUUGGCUUCGUCACCAUCCUCUCGAAUCUGUCAGACAAAACUCUGCUAGAAUGUUUAAAUGACAUAUGGUUUGAUACCUACAAAUUGAGAGUUAAUGUGGCUAAGCACAGAAAAAAAGAUGCAGUGAUGAAACAGAAAACAGUGGUAACAGGGAAACAAAUAUCCAAGCUCAACAACAAAGCCAAGGUCCCCAUCCGUGUAAGAGACAACCGAAGCUAUCUUGAGGCAGUAAGAUUAGGGAGUCAAGUGCAUCAAGCGUCUGAUAAUGCCACACCACGUCCUCAUAACUUCAUCUCUUUCAACACUACAGAUGAGGAAAUUCUAUGGUUAAGAAAUAGUCUUAUAGGCAAGAUAUCUCAAGGGGUAGAUUAUGCACAAAUCAGACAUGGAUUAAUUCAACUAGGCAUCUGCUUCUCUGCUGUCCGUUUCCUGGGGGGUUCCCAGGCAAUCAUAAGCUUUGAUGGUGAGAAAUCUAUGCAACAAGCCAUGCAGAAAGGUAUGGAAUGCUGGAAGCUCUACUUUGAUGAAGUUCGCCCGUGGACGGAAGAAGAUGUGACAGAGAGUCGUCUAGCAUGGAUCUCCAUCUCUCAUUUGCCUAUCUCUGGCUGGAGUCUGAGAUGUAUCUCAAACCUCCUCAUGAACCAUGGACGGGUGAUAGGUUUUGACAAGACCAGCCUAAAAAUCUCUGAACUUCACAGCGUGAAAAUCCUUAUAGGUACCCACUUGCCGGAGAUCCACGACUCUAUAGAUCUCAUGCUAAACUCCAAGUUAGUACACAUACAGCUGGAUGAGAUUGACCCUUUAAGAUAUCCAGAGGCAAAAGGAAUUUCAUACUCCAUGGUAGAAUUUCAAACCACAUUACUUCAGGGAGAAGAUGCUGACAGUGACUCAGAUGAUGAAGUGUACACUGAUCUGGCUUUUGACUUGGCAGGAGAUGACAACAUUUGCAGGCUGGCUAUUGCUGCUAAGAAUUUUAGAGCUGAUGACAAGGCACACACGCUGGAGGCAAGGAAGCACAACCCACAUGGGACAUAUGAGGUCUACGAUCAUAGCUUUCCAGCCACAAUAAAUGCCACUGACAACACAGAACGGCUACAUAUCAUUGUUGAAGAUCUCUUUCCAGAAAUAACGGCUCCAAGGACCCCCCACCACUGUUUCUCUCCUAACAAGCUUUCCCAAAAUCAACUCUAAGCAGAACGGGGCCUUGUCUUAUACAACGUAAAUUCAGCAAGCCCACUGGAGCACCAAAGCAUGGCCUUCAAAAAAGACUUUUUCUCGCCACAACCUUAUACCCCUGUCAGCAGUGAUAAUUCUUUAGAAUCCCACUGCAAAGUCCAAGGCCCGCCUCUUACACCCAACCAACAUCGGACCACAACAACCAAACAACCAAGACUAAAAAAAAUAUCCUCCACUGGGAGUCUCCUCUCCUUGCACUCUUCAGCAAGCAUAUCUUCUAUAGACUCUUACAUCAGGGUGAAUAAUAACCGUAACCUAAAGAAAUCUGCAGCGGAGUCGUCUCAUAAUGAAGUCAAUAAAAUGAUCCAUUUGGGAGAAGCUUUGGGUCUUGGUAAUUCAGCUCUCUUGGAAAAAUUUUAUGGGCUUAUCAUAAGACAGCUAGAAAAUGAGAGGGAAGAUUGGCAGAAACAAUAAUGAAUAGUAAGUUUUCAUCCCUGUCCUUGCAGAUAGAUCUUUUAAUUCUAUCAUGAAUAUUCUUUCUUGGAAUUCCUGUGGCUUGGGCAUGAUGAGGAAACGAAGAAGAAUCAUGAAAUUAAUAUCAGAAUAUAAGAUUGAUAUAUGUUUCUUGCUGGAAACUAAGCUAGCUAAUUGUUCAAUUGGCUUUGUAUCUCGUAUUUGGAAUCAAAAUCAUGUUAGUUGGUUUAGUAAUGAUGCUCAGGGAUCAAAAGGAGGUCUGCUUGCUAUGUGCAAAAACACUAACUUUGAAGUCUUUAAUAUUGAAUAUGGUCAUGGUUGGAUCGGUUUAUAUGGUAAACAUGUUCAUAGUGAUUUUCAUUACUUUGUUAUUGGCAUCUAUGCUCCUUGUAACUAUCUGGACAGACAAAAACUUUGGGAUGAUCUCAUUCUUCUUAAGCACGCUUUUGAAGUUCCCUGGAUAAUAACAGGAGAUUUUAAUGAAACACUCUCUCAUAAAGACAGAAACAGUGGAAUCUGUCAUCCUGCAGGUUCAAAUUCUUUUAGCAGAUUUCUGCAGUCUUGUGAGCUCACUGAAUACCCUUUAGCAGAAGGUCACUUUACUUGGUUCAGAGGAGGGUCCAAGAGCAAACUAGACCGUAUGUUUGCAAACUCAUCCUGCCAUCUUCACUUCCCCAGUUUAUCUCUUCGACGACUUCCAAGAGAGUUCUCGGAUCAUUGCCCUUUAAUUCUAUCUAGCUUCUUGCAGGACCAUGGAUGGCGUCCUUUUCGUUUCUUGGACUGUUGGACUGAGUACCCAAAUUUCAAGCAUAUUAUUGAAAACUUCUGGAAUGAUGCAUGCUCCCUUCACCCUGGCCGCUUUAAAUUUCUCAAAAAACUCAAUCAUAUUGCAGUCAGAUUAAGGCAAUGGAAUAAGCUUGAAUUUGGAAAUCAAGAAGCUACCCUUCAACGAACCCUUUCAGCUAUCAACAUGCUAGAGGAAAAAUGUGAAGCAGAAGGUAUAACCGACCAAGAGUAGGAGCAUUUAGACUUUUUGUUGAAAGACCGCUGGGUUCACAACAAUCACAUUGAAUCUAUUUGGAGGCAGAAAUCAAGACAGAUGUGGUGCAAAUUGGGUGAUAGAAAUAACAAGUUCUUUCAUUUGAUUGCCAAUUUCAGGAAGGCUAAAUCAUCUAUCCUUAAAAUCCACCAUAAUGACAACACUUUUGAUUUUCAGCAGG